UCGAUUAUUCAUCAUCACCAAGUCGUUUGGGUUUAUUUGUUCUGUUCUCUAAGUUUUUUUAUAAAUUUUUGCUAAAAAACUAAACCAAAAAAAAAAACUUUUGCCAAAAAAUAAAGAGCCAUGGCUUCUCAACAGGAGAAGAAACAGCUGGACGAGAGGGCCAAGAAAGGAGAAACCGUCGUGCAAGGUGGCACUGGAGGCAAAAGCUUCGAAGCUCAACAGCAUCUUGCUGAAGGGAGGAGCCGAGGAGGGAAUACAAGGAAGGAGCAGCUAGGAACUGAAGGAUAUCAACAGAUGGGACGCAAAGGAGGUACGAGAACUGGAAAGGCUGACGAUGAAGAUGAAGGAGAGGAGAUGGACGAACCCACAUCCAGGACCAGGACUUAAUGUUAAAAGCUCUCGAUGGAUGUGUGACAAAAAUCCUAUGUCAAAUAUUUCCAUGUAGAAGCGUGUUUGGUUUCUUGUAAUAAGUUCAUCUUUGGUUCACAAGAUGAUAAAUGACCAUGUUUGUAUGUUUUCAUUGUGUUUCUUUUGUAAUCUACUAAUCAAGUUA